AUGUCUCAUUUUCUUUCUUUCUUUCUUUCUUUCUUUCUUUCUUUCUUAUAUCUCAUUUUCUUUCUUUCUGUCUUUCUUUUUUCCUUCUUUCUUUCUUAUAUUUCUUUUUCUUUCUUUUUUUCUUUUUUCUUUCCUUCGUUCGUUCUUUCUUUCUUUCUUUCUUAUAUCUCAUUUCUUUCAUUGUUUCUUAUAUCUCAUUUUCUUUCCUUCGUUCUUUCUUUCUUUCUUUCUUUCUUUCUUUCUUUCUUUCUUUCUUAUAUCUCAUUUCUUUCAUUGUUUCUUAUAUCUCAUUUUCUUUCCUUCUUUCUUUCUUUCUUUCUUUCUUUCUUUCUUAUAUCUCAUUUUCUUACUUUUUAUUUCUCAUGUCUCAUAUUAUUUUUCUUUUUUCUCAUGUCUACUUUCUUUCUUCCUUUUUCAUCAUGUCUCAUUUUCCUUCAUUCUUUCUUCUUGUCUCGUUUUCUUUCUUUUUUCUUAUGUCCCAUUCUCUUUUUAUUUGUGAUGUCUCAUACUAUUUCUUUUUUUAAUGUCUGGUUUUCUCUCCUUCUCUCAUGUCUCAUUUCUUUCUUUCUUUCUUUCUUUCUUUCUUUCUUUCUUUCUUUUAUGUCUCAAUUUCUUUCUUUUUAUUUCUCCUCCCAUUUUCUUUCUUUUCUUUCUCAUGUCUGA